CGCGUCGCGUCUGCAGCUGCGCGGCGGAGCCUCUGCUCGCGUUCUGUCCGUGAUGGCGGAGCGCAGCGGUGACAGUCGUUCCGCGCAGUCAAACUAGAGCCCCGGUACCGACCGGACCACACGACAGUAUGAGCCGAAGCUCCGGGAUGAGACGAGAGCCGAACUGAGCCGAACUGAUCCGAGUCGAGCCGAGCCGCUGCUGAGUGGUGUGUAGACCGGCGUGAUGACAGAAGAGCGAUGUCCUCAGCUGGUGGAUUAUUUCGUUGUGGCGGGUCUGGCGGGCGCUGGGUCUCCGCUGGACGAGGAGGGUCACCAGAAGGGCGUGAGAGCGCUGCAGCCCGUCAUUGAUCUGGCCGUGAUCGCCCGUGGUCUCGGGGAGGACGUUCCUGAGGGAUUCACCUGCAUCGAGAAAACACAAGGAGGUCAUCCGGCGGAGCUGAGCGCAGGCCUGCUCAACAACACACACAUGUUCCUGUGCUACCGCCGAGGACACGACAAACCGCCCCUCGUGGAGCUCGGUGUUCUGUACGAGGGCAAGGAUCCGGUCCGGCCGGGAUGGCAGGUGAUCGAGACGACUCCGUACAGUCGUUCUGCGAGUCUGAGCUCCGGCGGCCCCACAAUGCACCGCACUUUCCUGAUGUUUCGCCGAGCACCGGACUCACAGGCGCUGAACACACUGGGCAUCACUGAGAUCUCACUGCUGAUGCCUAGCAAGGGCGAGACGGCGCCACACACCUACUGCAGAGUGGACAAGAACCUCAACACCGGCAUGUGGGGUCCAGCGCUGUAUAUCUGCUACAAGCGUUCAGUGGCUAAAGCAAAUGCUCUGUUGUAUGAGGCAGGUCUGAUCAGUCGCUAUCCGGAGGAGGAUCUGGAGUCGUUCCCGCUGCCGGACUCUGUUCCGGUCUUCUGUCUGCCGAUGGGAGUGACGGUGGAGAGCUGGCCGCUCCACACUAAAUACCAGCUGCCCGUCUUCUCCACCUUCGUCCUGACCAGCGCCUCCGGAGACAAGGUGUACGGCGCUGCGAUCCAGUUCUACGAGGCGUACGCCCGUGAGUCUCUGUCGGAGCGUCAGUGUGUGCGUCUGGGUCUGCUGAGCGUCAUGGACCGCCGGCCCAUCACCAACCGCAGCGUUCAGGUCAAGAAGAGCAUCUGCGUCCUCUCACACUGGCCCUUCUUCAGCGUCUUCCAGAAGUUCCUCACCUUCAUCUACAGAUACUCCAUCUCUGGACCACACGUGCUGCCGCUGGAGAAGCACGUCUCGAGCUUCAUGCACAACGUCCCGUUCCCGUCAGCGCAGCGUCCUCGGAUCCUGGUGCAGCUCUCCUCGUAUGAUAAUCUCCUGCUCUGUCAGCCCGUGUCGUCUCCGCUGCCGCUCAGUGGGGCCAGUUUUGUGAAGCUGCUGCAGAAUCUGGGACCGGAGAACACGUGUUCUCUGCUGCUGGCGGUUCUGACCGAACACAAGCUGCUGCUGCACUCGCUGCGUCCCGAUGUCCUGACGUCCGUCAGCGAGGCGCUCGUCUCCAUGUCGUUUCCUCUGCGCUGGCACUGUCCCUACAUCCCUCUGUGUCCGCUGCGGAUGGCAGAUGUGUUGUGUGCUCCCAUGCCCUUCAUCGUGGGCGUCCACUCCAGCUACUUCGACCUGUACGACCCGCCGGCUGACGUGGUGUGUGUGGACCUGGACACCAACACCGUCUUCCAGUCUGAGGAUAAGAAGCCUCUGUCCUGGAGAUCUUUGCCCAGGAAACAUGGGAAGAUCCUGCUGAGCUCUCUGACCAACCUGCACAAGACUCUGGAGAAGAUCUAUACUCCGGGUCAGGAGGAGGCUACGCUGGAGUUCCUGCUGACGGACUACGAUCUGAUCUACGGCCGUCAGAAGCAGCUGGAGCUGGAGAUCCAGGAGGCCUUCCUGCGCUUCAUGAGCUGUCUGCUGAGAGGAUACCGCUCCUUCCUGCUGCCCAUCACACAAGCGCCCUCCGACCGAACCACGGACUGCAGCUCGCUCUUCAACCUGCAGGGCUUCCUGAAGUCUCGUGAUCGAGCGCAGCAGAAGUUUUACACGCAGCUCACGAGGACGCAGAUGUUCACGCAGUUCAUCGAGGAGUGUUCGUUCGUCAGCGACCGUCACGGCUGCCUCGAGUUCUUCGACGAGUGUGUGCAGAAGGUGGACGUGGAGAAGCCGGAGGACGUGCGUCUGAUCGACCGAGACGAGUGUCACAGCGGUGAGCACACGGUGUUCAUCAUGCCUCCGGAGGAGCCACAGGAAGCUGACGGCUCCGAGUGUCCCGCCCCCUACAGCUAUGACACGUUCCCAGUCCUCCAGUCGGAUCUGUUCGAUCGGCCGCAGGAUCCUCAGCGGACUCCAGCUAAAGGAAGUGCCCCCAGUAGCCCCACCCCCCGCCGCACCAAACAGGAGAUCAAGCUGGCGCAGAAGAAGGCGCAGAAGUACUCGACGGUGCCAGAGAUGUGGUCUAAAUGUCUGCUGGGUCACUGCUACGGACUCUGGUUCAUCUGCUUACCAACAUUCGUCAGAGCAGAGAGCAAUAAAGUCCGAGCGCUGCAGGCCGCAUACGAGGUGCUCAAACACAUGGAGACACGGAAGGUGGUGCUGCCGGACGAGGUGUGUUACCGUAUCCUCAUGCAGCUGUGUGGUCAGUACGGUCAGCCGGUUCUCGCGGUCAGAGUUCUGCUGGAGAUGAAGCGGGCAGGAAUAACGCCCAACACCAUCACAUACGGAUACUACAAUAAAGCGGUGCUAGAGAGCAAAUGGCCAUCCACCAAUCAGGGAGGGCGUCUUCGCUGGGCGAAGCUUCGUAACGUGGUAUUGGCCGUGGCUCAGUUCAGGCAGCCAAUCAAACAGCAGAAGAGGAGCGCAUCAUUCAGCAGCCACACAGAAUAUGCGCUGUCCAAGCCCCGCCCCCACUCGGCUCUGAUUCGUCAGUCCAGCUGGAGCGGGUUGAGUGAAAGCUCGAGCCACGAAUCACUGAUGAGUCUGACCAAGAGCAACAGUCUGAGCAGCGUUCAUGCGUCAGGAUGCAAGCUGAAGUUGUCAAAGAAAGCAGCUGCGCAGAAGCCUCCCGCCGGCCGCAGACACACACUGAGUCCUCCAGCGGUGUUAGUGCGCCGCAGCGACGUCUGUCUGUCCACCUUCUACAGAGACUGUGCAGAGAGCGCAGACGCAGACGCAGACUGCAGGAGUCGGCCGGAGAGGGACAGCAGGUUGGUGGAAGUGAGGGAGACUCCUAACAGAAAGUCGGUGGAUGAAAACUACAACAACGUGUCGUCUCCGAGCCGCGGUCUGGCCGGGAAACUGCAGCAGCUGCUGACGCCUACGAGGAACCGUUCAGCGGCGCGACGAGCUGCUAGCGUAGACGACCGGCGGCCGGGAGCGAACAGAUACUCGCGUCAGAAACCCUCUCGCAAGAGCCAGAUGACCGAGAGUCUGCUGAAGGCCAAGGAGCGGCUGUACAACGCCACGUCUGAGAGUUCUCUGUCUGUAGGGAGUGACAUUGACAUGAUGGACAUCCAGACGCUGGUGGUUCCUCACAGGAAGUCGUGGGAUUCUGCACAGGAAGGGGCGGGCAUUGAGGUUCUGAUGUCGAGCUGCUCGCUGUGUCGCAGCUGUAAUUCUCUGGUGUAUGAUGAGGAGAUCAUGGCCGGCUGGUCAUCUGAUGACUCUAAUCUCAACACCACCUGUCCGUUCUGCUCCGCGCCGUUCGUCCCACUGCUAAACGCAGAAAUCUGUGACCUUGGGCCCAUCUGCAGUGUGGAGCGCAGUAACCUGAGCGUGGAGGAUGAUCUGGAGAAUAUCAUGCUUCCUCGCUCCGCUCCGGACGACACACUGCAGCAUCAGUGUAAUGGCAUCAGAGAGACGGACUCCAGCUCUGAGACCAGCAGCCAAUCAGAGAGCAGCGUGCCGUCGGUGGGCGGAGCCCCGCAGGUGACGGUGGCGUACCUGAGCCCGCUGGUGGUGCGCAAGGAGAUGGAGAGUCUGCUGGAGAACGAGGGCGAGGCUGUUCUCUCUCAGGUCCAGCUGCUGGACAGUCACUCCAUCCUCUUCUGGAAUCUGGUUUGGUACUUCACUCGCCUCGGCCUGCCCAGUAACCUGCUGCAGCUGCUGCGGACGUCUCCGCUGACCGCACGCCUCACACAGGGGUCAGAGGGCACGGCGGUGCGUGUGAGGCUGCUGUGGGACACACUGACCCCAGAUACGGAGCAGUGGCCUCCUCUCUACAUGCUCUGGAAGAUUCACAGUGGCGUCCCCAUGCGCAUCUACAGCUGGCGGCAUCACAACCAUCCCUUCAACCUCAACUUCCUGGAGGAAGUGCUGCGCUGGAUCGGCAUGAACGAGGUACACAAGGCCAUCACGCUCUUCCUGGAUACGGUUGCUAAGCAGCCUGGCACUCCGCGGAUACAGAGGAGUCUGUACAGAGAGAUGCUCUUCCUCACACUGGCCGCCAUGGGCAAAGAUCACGUCGCUUCGUUUGAUAAGCGUUAUAAGACAGCGUACCAUCGCUUGAGCAGUUCUCUGGGCCGAGAAGAACUGAAGAGGAAGAGAGUCCAGCCGCCCAGUCCUAAAGCCAUCGACUGCAGACGCUGCUUCCUGCUGCCGCUGGAGUGCUGAUCACACACACACAACACACACACACACACACUCCGCUUGUCUCGUCUUGCCGUCGUGUAACCGCUUCUUGAAGAGGAACGC